AUGAACAAUCAAAGAGCAAAGAAAAAAAUAGUCUUUGAACCAAAAAUACCGGCAGAAUUGCCACCAAAAGCACCAGCAAAUACAAAAUACGAGGAAAAGACAAAAGAACAGCCCCAGGAAAAGGAGAUUGCCCAGCCAAUGAAGGGGAUGUAUGCACCAAAAACAUUUUCAUCAACAAAGGAAUUCAAAAUGGAAGCCCACGAGUUUAUUUUAAACGGUAAUAUAAUGAAUGACAGCGACAUUGCGGGCGAUAGCACACUUUCUUUGGUUCAGUUCAGUGACGGCUCUUUUGGGAUUAAAUGUGAAGAUAGAGUUUUUGAAUGUGACUGUUCGUUUUUAGGAGACACAAUUUGCGUUGAGGUCGAUGAGAAGGUAAAAAAGGUUGGUAGCCCAGAAUUCAUAAUGACGGUGUAUCCCAACAGCUAG